AACUCGUGGAAGAGGUCGAGCACAUUGUCCCUGCACGGCGCAGUGCUUUUGGCACAGGAAUGAAUGAAGUUGUGCUCAGAUAAGUUAUUUUGCACAUCUUUCAAAGCGUUUUGCCACAGGAAAUAACUGCUGCUCGGCCAAAAGUGCACAACACAGAAUUCCACCUCCUGUGAGAGCCCAUAGACCUGGAGAAACAUGGCUGGAAUUCUGUUUGAGGAUAUCUUUGACGUGAAAGACAUUGAUCCAGAUGGCAAGAAGUUUGACAGAGUGUCUCGUCUACACUGUGAAAGUGAGUCCUUCAAGAUGGACCUGAUUUUGGAUGUGAACAUUCAGAUCUAUCCUGUGGAUCUUGGUGACAAGUUCAGACUGGUCAUUGCCAGCACCUUAUAUGAAGACGGGACACCUGACGAUGGCGAGUACAACCCUCAGGAUGACCGGCCGUCCAGGGCAGACCAGUUUGACUACGUCAUGUAUGGGAAGGUUUACAAGAUUGAGGGUGACGAAACCUCAACAGAGGCAGCCACACGCCUCUCUGCCUACGUGUCUUACGGCGGCCUCCUCAUGAGGCUCCAAGGUGAUGCCAACAACCUGCACGGUUUUGAGGUAGACUCCAGGGUCUACCUCCUCAUGAAGAAGCUGGCCUUCUAAACCCAUCUGGCUCUUCCAUCACCUCCUUCUGCUGUCACAGUCAACCAUGCAGUCCCACUGAACUGUCACCAUCCACACUGUCAAGCAUGGAGCACAUGGCAGUCUGGAGACCAAGCUCAGAGAGGACGUGGAAACUGUAAAAUACAACUUCUGUUUUGUUUUGGGUUUUUUUUUUUUUAACUCUUAGUUAUUAAAUGGCUCCUCCACACACGCUGACCUAGGACUGAGGCUAAAGAACUGGUAAACUGUAAAUAAAUAUGUUUUUUUUUAUAUACAAAAUGA